AUAAUUACUUAUUGUUCGAAAGGACAAAGGUAAAAAUCCAAUCAAGAUGUCCCUAAUUUAGCGCGCAGUUAACGCCGAAUUCGUCCAUAAUGGCACAACUUUUCAAAGCUGUGAUAUUGGGGGCACCCGCCUCGGGAAAAGGGACAAUAAGCUCACGAAUCAUAAGCAAAUUCAACUUCGAGCACAUCUCAGUAGGCGACCGCCUCAGGCUGCAGAUUAAAAACAAGACGCCACUGGGAACCGAAGCGAAACAGUACAUCGAUCGCGGCACUCUCGUACCGGACACGUUAAUGACCAAAUUCGUCGCGGGCGAACUCGCAGUAGUGAACAAGAGUUGGUUACUCGACGGGUUCCCGCGGACUUUAGCACAAGCCCACUCGCUGUGGGACCUGCACAAGCUCGACAUCGUAAUAAACUUGGACGUUCCCUUCGACGUAAUCGUCGAUCGCGCCAAAGGCCGAUGGAUCCACUUGGCCAGCGGGCGCGUUUACAAUUCGGACUUUAACGCGCCGAAAGUUUUCGGUAAGGACGACGUGACCGGCGAGGCGCUGGUGCAGCGCGAGGACGACCGACCGGAUGUCGUACGCAGACGACUAGACGUUUACCGUGAGGUAACGCGGCCCGUAAUCGAAUUUUAUCAAAAGGUGGACAUCGUGCAGAACUUCGAGGGGCGCACUUCGGACGAGAUUUGGCCCAAAGUUGUCGACUGUCUCAACGCGUACGUGACCGACAAGAAAAUUGCCGCUGGGAAUGUAUAACCUCAAAGUUAUUUUUGAUAAUGCGAUUUUUAGACGAAUUGUAUUUUAUAUAAGUUUUAAUUGUAUUUUAUGUUAAAAUGCAUUUUUAAUUUUUUUACUUAUGAGGGAAACAUUUAAAGGUACUUACCUGCUACUCGCUUUCUUAGCGUUGUCCUACGCGGAAUCGACCAUUGUCGCUGAGAUUGGAAGCUAAAGGUUAUCUUUAAAUGUGACCCCUAUAAAUAAAAAGGUUUAUCGGUGAUAAAUCUUUUAUUAUUCUCA